CCCCAUUUCUAUAUUGUCUCGAAUGUUUGGAAAAUUGUAUCACUGCAAUGCCUUCUUCGUAUCUGUGGAAUUGGAGAAAAAUGCAUACAUGUUAUUGAUGCCUUAGCAAGAAGGCUCGCCGGCUGGGAGAUGGCGAGCGCCAGUGAGCACUAUGCACGGUGUAGCAAGCUGGACAAGAGCGUGAGCGACAGUCAAGACAUGAGCUAUCCAGUGGUCAAACUGGGCUAUAUUUCUUUCAUUGAGGCGAGGGUGAUUCCAGCAGGUGAGGUGCAUUUUAGACAUCCGGAUGAUGUCUUGCUAUGUCCAGGUGGUACCAUGUCUGAAUUAAGAUUUCCCUUGCAGAUUUUGCUUGGCGUACUCGCCUUUUUUCUUGAAGUUGGGCGUCGGUCGUCUCUGCGGCAAGGUGUUGGCGGGGGUUGCACGGCAUGUUCCGUCUGGUUUCAGGAGUGUGUGCUGCACCUGAAAAAAUUUCUCGGGUUGUCUCUCUACGUAUUUCCACGUUAGUUGUGAUAUUUUUAUUUAUUGCUCUGCAAUCGACAGUUUGACCUCAUGCUAGGGCAGCCUCAGCCAGUUGCCUCUUCUAUCAAAGGUAAAGAACAGAAGCCUUUUUAUUGAUAUUGCUGUAUGGAAAGUUUACUGGAAAUUAUGAUUCUAAGUGGGUGUGAAUAACGUGCUUUGU